AUGGCUUUUUCAGCAGCAGCCAUCGUCUUCUCCGAUUAUCCUUUUCGAGCUUCACCAAUCCAUUGCCAUAAAGUUACCCGUUAUGCCCCUGGAUCCUCCGCCUCCGUCGUCUCUGUUCGACGCCGGGGUCUCGCCGUCGUUAAAUCGGCGCUAAUCGAGCCUGACGGAGGAAAACUCAUGGACCUCGUCGUCGACGACUCGAGGCGUCGCGUGAUGAAACGCGAGGCGGAGACGAUUCCGGUACGGAUCCGGCUGAAUCGUGUGGAUCUAGAGUGGGUACAUGUGCUUAGCGAAGGCUGGGCAAGCCCGCUUAAAGGGUUCAUGAGACAGUCAGAGUUCCUCCAAACACUUCAUUUCAACUCGAUCCGGCUCGAAGACGGCUCCGUCGUCAACAUGUCGGUGCCGAUCGUACUCGCGAUCGACGACGAGCAAAAGACCCGAAUCGGCGAUUCCACCCGAGUCACGCUAGUUGACUCGGUUGGUAAUCCGAUCGCCAUUCUCAGCGAUAUUGAGAUUUACAAGCAUCCAAAAGAAGAACGUAUAGCGAGAACAUGGGGAACUACAGCUCCUGGUCUUCCUUAUGCAGAAGAAGCCAUUACCAAAUCUGGAAACUGGUUGAUCGGAGGUGAUUUACAAGUCCUGGAGCCGAUCAAGUACAACGACGGUCUUGACCGGUUUCGUCUAUCUCCGUCUCAGCUUCGUGAGGAGUUCACGAGGCGUGACGCAGACGCGGUUUUCGCCUUUCAGCUGAGAAACCCGGUCCAUAAUGGACACGCGCUUCUCAUGACCGACACUCGGAGGAGGCUUCUUGAGAUGGGUUACAAAAACCCUGUCUUGUUGUUGAAUCCACUUGGUGGAUUCACGAAAGCUGAUGAUGUUCCUCUCAAUUGGCGUAUGAUGCAACACGAGAAGGUAAUGGAGGAUGGUGUUCUGGAUCCAGAGACCACUGUAGUAUCCAUCUUUCCUUCUCCGAUGCUCUAUGCUGGCCCGACCGAGGUUCAGUGGCACGCGAAAGCCAGGAUCAACGCGGGAGCCAAUUUCUACAUUGUUGGCCGUGAUCCAGCUGGUAUGAGCCACCCCAAAGAGAAGAGGGAUCUAUAUGACGCUGAUCACGGAAAGAAAGUGCUCAGCAUGGCACCAGGACUCGAGCGGCUUAACAUUCUUCCCUUUAAGGUCGCUGCAUAUGAUACAACACAGGGGAAAAUGGCGUUCUUUGAUCCUUCCAGGUCUCCAGACUUCCUCUUCAUAUCAGGAACCAAGAUGCGUGGCUUGGCGAAGAAGAAAGAGAACCCACCAGACGGUUUCAUGUGUCCUUCUGGUUGGAAAGUGUUGGUUGAUUACUAUGACAGUCUCACCUCUGAGUCUGGUAAUGGAAGGGUUUCACAAGCUGUCUUCUCUGCUUGA